AUGAUGAAGGCAACCUUCACCUUCAUAACCCAACAAAGGGCCCCCUGCCUGCAGCUGGCCAAGGACCAAGGCUACUUGACUGUCAACAUCGAGCCUCUCCCACCCGUGGUGGCCGGAGAUGCCGUGACCUUGAAGUGUAACUUCAAGACGGAUGGUCGCAUGCGCGAAAUCGUGUGGUACCGGGUGAUGGAUGGCGGCACCAUCAAGCAGAAGAUCUUUACCUUCGAUGCCAUGUUCUCCACCAACUACUCGCACAUGGAGAGCUACCGCAAGAGAGAGGACCUGGUGUACCAGUCCACCGUGAGGCUGCCCGAGGUCCGCGUUUCCGACAACGGUCCCUACGAGUGCCACGUGGGCAUCUAUGACCGCGCCACAAGAGAGAAGGUGGUCCUGGCAUCAGGCAAUAUCUUCCUCAACGUCAUGGCUCCUCCCACCUCCAUCGAAGUGGUGGCCACUGACACACCAGCCCCCUUCAGCCGCUACCAAGCCCAGAACUUCACGCUGGUCUGCAUCGUGUCUGGAGGGAAACCAGCACCCAUGGUUUAUUUCAAAAGAGAUGGGGAACCAAUCGAUGCAGUGCCCCUGUCAGAGCCGCCGGCUGCAAGCUCUGGCCCCCUCCAGGACAGCAGGCCCUUCCGCAGCCUUCUGCACCGCGACCUGGAUGACACCAAGGUGCAGAGGUCACUGUCCCUGCAGGACGCUGAGAACCGGGGUGGGAGGCCCUACACGGAGCGUCCCUUCCACAGCCUGACCCCAGACCCCAGCAUCCUCCUCCAGCCAACCACCGAGAACAUCCCAGAGACGGUGGUGAGCCGUGAGUUCCCCCGCUGGGUCCACAGCGCCGAGCCUGUCUACUUCCUGCGCCACAGCCACACCCCGGGCAGCGACGGCACUGUGGAGGUGCGCGCCCUGCUCACCUGGACACUCAACCCGCAGAUCGACAAUGAGGCCCUCUUCAGCUGUGAAGUCAAGCACCCAGCGCUUUCGAUGCCCAUGCAGGCAGAGGUCACACUGGUUGCCCCCAAAGGACCUAAAAUCAUGAUGACGCCCAGCAGAGCCCGGGUCGGGGACACAGUGAGGAUUCUCGUCCAUGGAUUUCAGAACGAAGUCUUCCCAGAGCCCAUGUUCACGUGGACACGGGUCGGGAGCCGCCUCCUUGAUGGCAGCACCGAGUUCGACGGGAAGGAGCUGGUGCUGGAGCGGGUCCCCGCCGAGCUCAAUGGCUCCAUGUACCGCUGCACGGCCCAGAACCCGCUGGGUUCCACCGACACACACACCCGGCUCAUCGUGUUCGAAAACCCAAAUAUUCCAAGAGGAACGGAGGACUCCAAUGUGGUCCUGGAGCUGACGUGAAGGCUCGGCCCCUGUUCCCACCACUCCAUCGGGCACUGACAUCUCUGCGAUCGCUUUUCAUUUCUUUUCUAAACUAUUUCCAGUCUGGUUCUUAGUCUCUUUCUGUCUGUGUCUUGGCUUCUUCAGUCAGUUUAAUUAAAACAAACAGAAUGAUUUUCCCCA